AUGUCGUGGAUGCGGCAGCAGACGAAUGGCAACUACCUCAACGGCAACGAUGCGCUGAACCGCUUUGAAUUUGAGACGAGCAGUAGAGAGACGAGCGAUGCCGAGCGAAGUCGAUCACGAGGGCCACCAACAUAUGGAGGACGUGCAGCACAGGGAGUGACAGGCCCGUCGCGGCUGGACAGAGGACAUGCGUAUAGAAGAAGCAGGGACUUUGACAACAGCCAGAGCAGGAGCAGGAGUCGCGCAGGCGGUGCUCGCCAUGGCCCAGCUAGUGGGCAGGUCGAAGAUAUAAUCCGCUUCAUCGAGCAACAAUGGUCUUUCAUGGCCGACGAGAACUGCAUCGCCGUCAAGGUCGCACUGCAAUUGAUGGAUAACUCCUCCCUCGGCCUGGCAGAUCAAUACGACCAGUUUCAGGAAGCGCACCAGCAGCUACAGAAUGCGCUCAAAGUCAUUGUCAAUCAACACCAUCAAGGCUUUAACAGCAGUAUCGGUACCUUUCACAAGAUUCAAGCCGCCAUUCAUGCCUCUCAAUCGCGCGUCCGUACGCUGCGUGAGGGCCUCGUGCAAGCCAAGGGCAGUCUCGCUACUGGCAAGCCGGAGCUGAAGGCUUUCGCGCAGAGUAGCCAGAGCUACGAUCAGAUGCUACAAGUGCUGGGCACAAUCGAGCAGUUGCAGCAGGUGCCUGAGCAGCUUGAAGCUCAAAUCUCAGAGAAGCGCUUUUUGGGCGCGGUCGACACAUUGCAGGAAGCGCUUAGACUGAUUCGAAAGCCUGAGAUGGAAGAGAUUGGCGCUCUGAGCGACUUGCGUGUCUAUCUUGGGAAUCAAGAGCACUCCUUGACCGACAUCUUGAUCGAAGAGCUCCACAACCACCUCUACCUCAAGAGUCCAUAUUGUGAAGAGAGGUGGAAGUCGCACAUGAGACGAGAUCCGUCCAAUCCAACCAUGGAUGAUGGAGAGCGAGCGAUGCACUCAUUCCUGGACAUGUUUGAUGGUUCGAAACCGAUGCUGGAAGAUGCGACCAGGAAUCCAGAAGCAGACACCUUCUACUACAUCCAACUUCUCGUGGAGUCGCUGAACAAGAUGGCGAGGUUGGACGUAGCGGUGGACGCCAUCGAACAUCGAUUGCCUGUCGAACUCUUUACAGUUGUGGAGAGAUCUCAUAGAGAAGUGGAACAACGGCAUCCAUCCAUCAUGCGCAACGCGGCCAGAAGCCAGCGAAAGACAGCUGGCCUCAAUGCAGGACCCGAUGGUGAGCGGGCUGAGACGCUGGAAGACCUUCUUACCACAUUGUUCGCGAAAUAUGAGGCCAUCGCUGAAGGACACCGUGUAUUGCACGAUGUGACGGCGGCCAUUAUCAAGCGAGACGGAUACGAAGACGCAAACCUCAACCGCAGUUUCCGUGAGCUCUGGAAACUUCUGCAAAGCGAAAUCCGCUCUCUCCUGCACGAUCACCUCGCGACGAACGGCAACCUUGGUCACCGCUCUCAACAAGAGAAGGAUGCCAGCGCGAACAUAUUCCGACCACUGCCUCGAGAUCGCAAUCGCAAGAUCUUCAAGAUGACCGACGUGGAUUUGAAGUCAACGGAGCUGGCAACAGAACGGGAAGACCUCGAAUUCAUCCUCAGACAAUCCGUACCUGGUCUGGUCGGCAACAAUGCACGCGACACGAAGCAGGAUCGAGACGUUGUAACAGACGUUUCUGCAACGGGUCACAAACUCCUGGUCGAGCCAAGCGUGUUCAAUAUGGGCAUUCUUUUGAAACCCUCACUCGACUUUUUGACCAGACUGAAAGAAGUUGUGCCUCCAAACUCUGGGGUAGUAUCCAGCACCUUGACAUCUUUCCUCGACGACUUCUUGAUCAACGUCUUCUACCCACAGUUGGACGAGACGUUACUCGACUUCUGUGGGCGCGCAAUGAACGAGAUGGACGCCUUCCAAGCACACGAAAAGUGGCAAAGCCAUUCAGCGCGACCCAUCUUCAAAGGUACCGCACGCUUCUUUGAGCUCAUUGAAGCUUUUUGUGUCAUGCUGGACAGUCUCCCACAUGACCAAAGCUUCAGCCAGCUGAUCAUCACGCAAAUGCGAACAUACUACGAUCGAUGCUAUCAGUGGUCGAAGAGUCUGCUGCAACGGGCGCAGCUGGAACAGGAGGGUGCAGUGAAGAUGCGCCUGGCCGCGCAAUUGGCCACAUCUGGCGACAUCAACCAGGUUGUUAUCGACCUGACAAAGGCCAGCAAAGAGGAGGCGAUCGUGCUUGCAGAAAAGGAGACCGCCCUACUCCUCAAAACCAUCAAGACCCGAACACUGGAAGAAGCCGACUUGAUCAACGACCGCAAAGCCCUCGCCGCACUAUGUACACUCCAGGUGAGCAUGAAAUGGUUGGCGUCUAGAUGUCAGCAACUUCGAUACAUCUCCCCGCGAGCCGUCGACACACAAAGCAUGCAAUCACACGACCGCCGGCGUUGGACACAGAACUUCAAUGUCAACAACGCACCGAAUGCCCCUUACCUCCCUCUCGACCAGCAGACCGCAGCUGGCUUCGAUGCAGUCAUCGCCUCUUUCAACGAACUUUCAUCGCUAAUCCUCCGCACGCUGCACAUCGAUCUUCGACUGCAACUCCUCCACGGCAUCUACUCCGCCAUGGACACCACCUACGCCCUCGGCCAGCCAUACAACGACCCCGACCCCUCCAUCGCCAACCUCUCCGACACACUCGGCUCGUACGAGGGCGUCAUCUCCCAAAACCUCCUCGAAACGCACUACGACUUCCUCACCUCGCACCUCGACACGCUCGCCAACAACGCCAUGGUCUCCCUCGUAGGCUGCAUCCAAGCACUGGACACGUACGGCUCCGACCGCAUGGGCCUGAACAUCUUGGUGCUGCAGCAGAAACUCAAGCAGGCGAUGCAGCAGGACGCCAGCUUGGAGUACGCGGCGAGGUUCUAUGGUAUGACGGAUGUCAAGACGAUUAUCAGUGAUGUGGCGAAGCGCGAGUUUGCGACGGAGGAUCGCAAGGCGCUUGUGCGGUUGGUUUUUGAUGCCGAGAGGGAUGGAGGGGAGGGGGGUGUGGAGAGUUUUGUUGCGCAGUGUGGUUAG